GUGUGUGCUGAGAUUCAGCCCUGGCGGGAUUCUUCGGCAGGGCCCCAUGUCUCCUGUGAACACGCCCCGCACAGAUGAGCCAGAUAUAUAACCCAAGACCUGUGAGCAGCAGAGGAACUGGGAGACAGAAAAUCGCACUUGUUCACCCCCAGAGGUUACCUGUGACACCCUCGCAAUGACAAGAGGGCCCAGCAUCUGGGGGCCACGCGAAGGGAGUUUGGAUGAUUCCACAAUCGGCAUUUUGUAGAGCCUGUCCGCAGUUUUUGGAUGCUUUUCGUCACUUUCCUUUGGAGUUACCUGGGCUGUGAUCCACCGGAGAACAGAGGCGAACUGAGUUAUUAAUCAGCCCCACAGAUCGGUGCAUGAAACUGAGAUCUGGGCCGCCAUGAGUCGGAGAACACGACGAUGGAUUUUAAGAGUUUUGCUUUGUUUGGGGAUUGUUUAUUUGAAAAUUGGAGGCUUCUCGUCGGUGGUGGCCCUAGGUGCGAGUAUAAUCUGUAACAGGAUCCCGGGUUUGGCCCCCAGACAGCGGAUUAUCUGCCAGAGUCGCCCCGAUGCCAUUAUCGUCAUCGGAGAGGGAGCCCAAAUGGGCAUCAACGAGUGUCAGUUUCAGUUCAAACACGGGCGCUGGAACUGCUCCGCUCUCGGAGAAAGGACCGUCUUCGGAAAAGAGUUGAAAGUGGGUAGCAAAGAGGCUGCAUUCACCUAUGCCAUCAUAGCAGCAGGGGUGGCCCAUGCCAUUACAGCAGCGUGCACGCAGGGCAACCUGAGCGACUGCAGCUGUGACAAGGAGAAGCAGGGUUUCUACAAAGGAUGGAAGUGGGGAGGCUGCUCGGCGGACAUCCGCUACGGUCUCGGCUUCUCCAAGGACUUUAUAGAUGCUCGAGAGGUCAAGCAAAACGCCAGGACGCUCAUGAACCUCCACAAUAACGAGGUGGGACGCAAGGUUCUAGAGAAGAACAUGCGACUGGAAUGCAAGUGUCAUGGUGUCUCCGGCUCCUGCACAACCAAAACCUGCUGGACUACACUUCCCAAGUUCCGCGAGCUCGGCUACAUUCUCAAGGAGAAAUAUGCCCACGCAGUGCACGUGGAGCCAGUCAAAGCUAGUCGCAACAAGCGCCCGAAGUUCCUAAAAAUCAAGAAAAAUUAUUCUUACCAGAAGCCCCUGGACACUGACCUGGUCUACAUAGAAAAGUCGCCUAACUACUGUGAGGCGGACCAUAUGACGGGCAGCCUGGGGACCAAGGGCAGGGUCUGCAACAAGACAAUGGUGCAGCACAUCAGCGGCUGUGACUUGAUGUGCUGCGGUCGAGGAUACAACACACACCAGUACUCCCGGGUCUGGCAGUGUAACUGCAAGUUCCUGUGGUGCUGCUACGUCAAAUGCAACACCUGCAGUGAGAGGACAGAGGUUUACACAUGCAAAUGAGAGUAUUUAUUGUGAGCGCAUGAGAUGACGUAUGAGAGCGUUUUUGUGUGUUUUCAUGGACAAAAAAAAGAAAGAAAAAGGCUGCUGUUGGAGUCUUUUUAUAUAUAUAAAUAUAUAUAAUGGACUGCUACUGUGCUGUUUGUGCUGCAGCCUGAAGAUGGGCAUCAUCGUUCUUUUUGCACAUAAAGCUCUUCACCCAUCUUCCUGAAAACUGCAGGCCUUGCAUAUGGAACCUGCACGCCGAACACAAAGGAAGCAAAGACUUUAAGCUAUCGGGACACUUACUGACAUUUUCACCAUACGGAUUUUACAAGUGAAAUAAAAAAUGAGACGACGGGCAAGACAAAGUGAUCCUCCUCUCAACGCCUGCGCACAAAUUAAAAGACAGCCAUUUGAAAUAUUUAACAAACUGUAUGUAGAAAGGAAGAAUUAUUAAUAUUAAUUUAUUACGCAAAGAACUACUGAUUUUUGUGCUUUACAGAUGAGAAGAGAUAACUAGGUUUCAUAAUUUUGUAGUUUAUUAAAACAAACCUGUCCGUGGUUAAAACACUGGAUUUAUAUCUGUCUGGAUAAUAGGUCACACUGUAGAAAAUAUUGUUCCAGAGGGAUCUGCUGUAAGGUACUUAAAUCCACUUUUUUUGUCUAGUCAAAACCUUUUUCCCCUUUGUUUGCUGCUAGUCUAGAAAACUCCACUUGUUGAAGUAGAAGGCUUAAAAGCUGACUCCCUUCAGGCCUACUUCAAGCUGAUUUAACUGGAUUUUGUCAAAAACACAGCUUCCACAUUUGGUUUAAUAAUAAAUAAUAGAGUAUAUAUUUGUAAAAUCUUAUUUUUAUAUGAUGUUUUAUUUAUAUCUUCUUUUUUUUUGCAUGUUGGGUGUCACGUAUGGACACUGAGGCGAGUUUUUAAACCCCUGUGAAAGAAAAAAAAACAUCUCAAUGUAUGUAAAUUCCCCAGCAGUCACUGCCAGAGUUGUAUAUUCUAUGAGGUAGAGACAUUUUGUGUUCAAAUGUUUGUUUUUACUGCAUUUCAUGACCACUACUGGUGAAAUACAGGCACAGAAUAACACCUAACAAGA